UCCGACCUUGUUCUACCUGCGGGAAUUCAAUAUUUAGAGGGAUGCGCACUGUCACCCAGCAUUUUUACAGAGAAUCACACACAAGCACAAGCAUAUAGAGUGAACCAAUCAAAGAAACAACCGGCUCGAGGGUGAAUUUAAGCUUGAAAAAAUCUUCCGCUAUUCGCCAGAUAGUCAGUCGCCAGGUCUCGUAAAAUUUCCAGACUGUGACUGUGAAGUAGAUCCCAACUUCAAAAUGAGAAUUUUUAUGUUUAAAUUCAUUUCACCAGGCUGCUUCGUUGAAGAACUUUCUUCGCAGUUGGUAGAGCAAAAAUCAACAUGUUGAAAGCAUUUCAUCUGCCGAUGUUUGGAAUUGUUAUUCUAUCACUUUCAAGUGUUUCAACUAAACCCCAACACGGAAACGUGAUUAAGCAGGUGGAAAUGGAAUGCAUCAAACGUCCACGGCCUUACAAAAUUGCCGAUAAAGAACAGUGUGAUAAAUACUACAUCUGCGACAACGGCGUGGCUAUACCGCAACUUUGUGAAGACGGCACGGUGUUUUAUUUUUCCAUUGGAAAUUGCGUCCUACUGAAUGGGGCGGACUGCGAUGGCCGACCUUUACUCCAGGAAUCAAUCAAAACAAAGCAUUGCCCAAAAAAAACAGGACUUUUCCCUCACGAGGAUCCUGCUCAGUGCAAUAAAUAUUACCAAUGUCUAGAUGGUCGCCCGACAUUAAUUAAAUGCCCUGAUAUGCUACUUUUCGAUCGUGUGAGAGGUGUGUGUGAUUACGCCGAUCUAGCAGAUACUUCAAACUGCCUUCUGGAACCUUCCCCAGUCGUUUGCCCUGGAAAUGCGACACCAGAUGUAGGCAACCGUCUAAUCGCUCAUCCAACUGAUUGCAACAAAUUUUUCUUCUGCGAAUCGGCAAUUCCACGACCACUUGCAUGCGAAGAACACUUGGCGUUUGAUUUGGCCUCUUUAACAUGCAUCGAAAGAUCAAAAGUCCAUCGCUGCAUCCACGAUUAAAGGGAAGCAGACACGUUUAUUCCGGACCGAGACUUGCGUCGCAUUGAGCAUAUACGAAUUACAUGACAAACGUAGACCUUCCAUGGAUGCCAAAAUUAAGGAAAAAUACAAUAGAACAAAAGGAGGAAGAACAGAAGAUGGAAAAAAAAUGAGAAAAAAAGAAACUAGAGUACUUACACAGACACAUACACAAAAAAAUCACUGUCAAUUUUCGAAUCGAACGCAUAAUACACCUAACAGAUGCGAUUCAGCGCGGAAUUUCUUAGCCAUUUUUCUUUUGU